UUUGUGGGGCCGCGAGCUCGCUGGAGACCCGGCGGCCGCUUCGGUGCCCGGUGCCCACCCGCCGGCCGCGGGGCUGACUCGGGAAGGCGGAGCCCGCGAGCGCCGCGCUGGUGUCCGCGCCCGGCCGGGACGCCCCCCGUCCGCGCGCGCCGCCAGCCCCGUGCCGAGCCCAAGGGCGUGGGUCAGCCGCCCCCGAGGACUUCAUGUCUGUGUAUUUCCCCAUCCACGGCCCCAAUUACCCGAGCUCCGCGGAGAUGACCGAGGUGAUGAUGAACACCCCGUCCAUGGAGGAGAUGGGCCUCAGCCCCCGCAAGGACGGCCUUUCCUACCAGAUCUUCCCCGACCCGUCGGACUUCGACCGCUGCUGCAAACUGAAGGACCGCCUGCCGUCCAUUGUGGUGGAGCCCACCGAGGGCGAGGUGGAGAGCGGGGAGCUGCGGUGGCCCCCCGAGGAGUUCUUGGUGCAGGAGGACGAGCAGGACAACUGUGACGAGACAGCGAAGGAGAACACGGAGCAGUAGGGCCCCUGCUGCCGGCGUGUCCCGGGCCACCCCGACAGCACCUGCCCCUGGACUGUCCCCCGAGGCGGCGGUGGCAGGAGCAGGAGCGGCUGCCUUUACUGCACCGGCCGCGAUGGCUUCAGUCGUGCACCUGCAAAUCACUGACUUGGUUUCUUUCCUUUCCUUCUUUCUCCUUCUCUGAGAUGUUGGGGGGCAGCGGCGCCCCAAGAGAGGAAGCCAGGGCAGAGCUGGUCCAGGGAGCUGGGUUGGGGGGUCCUCUCUGAUGACGGCCGCCAGAGCCGGCCUUGGGGUGGGGGUUGGGGGUGGGGCGGGGGGCUGUCCAGGCUGCGGGGGGAGGAUGAGGGUAUGAAGCAAUAGGAAGCAUCCCACCUUGGGGCACCGUGGAGCAGGCGGCCAGCCCUCACCUUGGACCCCUCAGCCAAGAGCGUGCACCCCACUUUGCUUCUCCAUUAAGCCGUGAUGUCUCUUACUGGGGUGGGGGGGGGCAGGAAAGGGGACCAGGGGACCCAGCAGCCACUGGGCUGGAUGGAGAUCUCUUUUGGCUCCUUUCCCGCCAGGUCAGUGCUCCGGGAUGUGGCUGUUUGGGGGCAACGAAGUGGGGGGGGGGACGGUCCAGGGGUUCCCUCUGGAAAUCUUUUGAGCUUAUCCCUUCUGGACCUCUCAGUGUUUUUUUUUGGGGGGGGGGGAUUAGUUAGAGCGUUUCCUGCCCUCGCAGGGGAGCCAGGUGGGUGCCAGGACAGGAAGGUUACUCCCUCGCUGAUUCCCCAGGAUGGGCUCUGAGUCCUGGCAGGGCCCUGGGGUUGCCCCCCGCACCUGCCCCUGGCAUCAGCGGGGUGUCUGUCCACAGUGGUACCCCAAGCUGUGUGGGCGCUGGAUGGUCCUGGAGGGGGCAGAAGGCAGAGGCUGUGCUUUCUGUUCUGUGCUCGGGGAGGGGUUAUGGGGUGGUUGGGCGAGGCAUGCCCACUGCAUCCUGGGGUGCCCGGAGUGUCUCCCUGCAAGGGCUGGGUGGUGAGGGGGCUGCCAGCGGCACCCUGCACAGGCACGGAGAGGUCUUUCUGGGGCUGGGAGGCCUGCGUCCUGCCUUGAAGCUUCGAGAGCAGAGACCGCUGGACGUGGUCCUUCCAGCAUCCCAGAGCAGGACCGGAUGGAUGACUGGACGAGGGGCCCCCCCACAGCCUUCCUGGGUUCCCCGAUGUCCCCAAUCCCGCCGCCUCAUGCUCUUGGAGGCGUGCAUGUAGAGUUGGUCUUGGUGCCCCCAAGUCCGGCUGGCUCUGGGGCGAGGGUGGAUGGGGAACAGACCCAGGAUUCGGUCCGGAAGUCCCAGACACGCCUCUUCGCUCCUGACUGCCCGCCCCCAACGUGUCGUCUGCUUGUGCCCCACACACCGAAGAACGCAAUAACUCCUCCCGGCGACCCCUGGGCUCUGGCUCUCCCGGUACAGCUGCAGAGCGGGGCCCCUCCCGCCCUCCCCCUGCGCCUCCCGUGGGUGGGGUCUUGCCUUCGAGAAUCCUGUCUCCGUGUGCCCCUCGUCCUGGUCUUCCCCUGUGUUGGAACCGUGCUUCUAGACCGCAGAACAAACCGACUCUGUGUAUAUGUGUGUGCUUGGGGGUGGGGGUGGGGGGGUUCUUAUUUUGUUUUCCUGGGCGCUGGACCCUGUUGUCCGACCGUGUGGAGUCUGAGCAGGCCGGGGCCAAGGGUCCCGGCUGAGCCGUUCUUGGGCAAGUGGCCGAGCUCCUGCCUGGCCGCCUUUUUUUUUUUUUUUUUAAGUAACUCUUGUGUGUUUCUAACUGAUCGUAUUGGAAAACAAACAACCCUAGUAUUUCGGUAAACAUGCCUGUUGUAAGAGGAACCUCCUGUAACUUCUAUCUGUUCUUUUUUGAGGCUCAGGGAGAAACUAGCUUUUUUUUUUUUUUCCGAACUAGUUUUUGUCACUGUGACAGUUGUAAAUAAAGUUUGAAAAUGCUUUCCA